AUGAUGUGGACAGUCUUCAGCCUGGUUCUUGUCAUCUCCCUUCUUGUACUCAAAAGUGAAGCACUGCAGUGUUACACCUGUGUAGGUUCUAGUGAUGAAGACUGUAACAAACAAGGAACUCAGCAAUGUCCAGGGCAUUCAGAUGCGUGCGCAGUCAUUAGAGGACAAACAAGUGGCAUUAUGAAGUCCUGUUCGUUCAGGUCCUUCUGUGAACGGGCAAAGAGGGAUGGAUCCAAAGCGCCUGGAGUGAGCGUUCAGUGCUGCUACUCGAAUAACUGCAAUGCAAGGAGCCUGGCUUCAAGGGUCACCACCUCCAUGAGCUACUUCUCUCUCCUCAUCUUCACAUUGCUGUGGCACCCACUGUUGAAGCUGACAUGAGGUGGGGGGAAGAGUAUCCUGAAGCAACAAGUCUGCCUUCUUAGAAAGGAAUGAUUAUAUUUCCAUGUAUAUUCCAUGUCCAUUUCAUAGUAGGUAAAAAGCAGUAGGCAGACCUGACAGAUGUACAGAUAAAAGUUGUUCCAUCUGCUGAAUAUAUCUUCUAUAUGUAAGAAACACUGCCCUCUUCUUGUUUAAAGUAAGGGGUUGAUUCUAUGAAUAUCUCACAUUUUCCUACUCUUUAGGGAAGGAGCAAUCUUAGCUGCAAGUAGCCUUGUAUUAGGGCAAAGGAUCAAUCUUCCAAAUGCUGUUUACUGUUGGCAGGCAUUCAAAACAAGCUAAAAUCUUCCAGCACAAAGUGCAUCACUAGCUAGUAGGCAGGUGGUCCUCUGAAGUAGUCAUGUUGAAAAGGCAAAACUAACAGUGACAUGCCACACAAUGGGAUAGCACUGAGGGUCUGUGUGAUAGCACACGUCUUAAGCUUGGGUCUGUGAUGCUGGAGAGCAGGGUGGUACCUCCUUUCAUCCAAAACUCAGGGAGACAGACAAGCAGAUGGAUGAAAUUUGUAGAUUUUAAUGUCAAAAAGUAACGAUUUGGUCUUACCUCUGACACCCAAACAUGCAUAGGACUGGCUAAAGACCAGCCAGUGUAAUUGAAGUAGAGGUGGUCUUUCAAGUUCUAGUUUUAGGUGUCCAUUUGGGAAAAGAUUUGGCUGUCAAGUUUAAGGAACUCACAAAAUCUGUGGCAAAGUAGGGUUUUUCCUAGUUUUUGUGUUGUGACUGUUUUUUUGGGUACAAUUCUUUGAAAAGUCAGUGUCAUAAAAUCCUGCACAUUCACAGAGACGUUAUGAAGGCUGCAAACUCUAGAGAGCUUCUUUAAGUUAAAUCAGUGAAACCUCCAUACAGAGCAUAACUCCAGCCUGCCUUAGCUGUUGCCUGUCAUAUGGACCAAGCUGUCUCCUUGCUUCACUGUACUUGUUCCUCUUCAGGGAUCCUUCCAACAUCCCACAUAGAUUGUGGCUUCAGACUGGGACUGUUAUUCUGGGGUUUAUUCAAUGGGCUCUCAGACGAGGCAGUUCUGCUCUCUCUGUAGUACUUAGGCACAAGUCUGAUAAAUCUGUUGAAUACAAAAAUUGCAGUAAUGCAGCAGAUGCAGUAAUGUUAAUUUAGACUCAAGUAUCUGUGUAAAACCCACUUAAGUUGAUUUGAGUGUUUUUCAUUUCUUUUCAUCUCAGCUUGAACCAGUUCCUUCAAUCUGUUCUGCUGCAGGAUUAUGUCUUUAUUUCCUGACUGCUCUGUAACG